AUGAAAAGACCUUCAGAUACAAGAGCCUUAGAUCUUAGAAUAGCUUCUUAUGAUGAGAGCCCAUCUUUGGUUGUAGGUUCCUUUUUUAAUGGGAUCUCUAUUCCACCAGAAUCUGACUUCAACCUAUAUAAGCAUAAGAAGUCAAAUGACUAUAUUCUCCAUGGUGAGAAUAAUUCAUUGGACUAUAACGGUGAAACAGACAAUAAAGAUGAUAGUGAAUACUUUGUUGCCAUAUAUGAUCCAGUUCAUAAGUCAGUCGAUUUGCAAAAGGCGCCUUUCGUCAGAGGGCAUAUUCUCAGUAAGUCAAAGAGAUCAUAUAAAGGUCCAGCGGUGAAGCAAGCCGGAAUUAAGAAUUAUCUUCAGCGUAAUGCGUUAGGUGAGGCAUUUGGAACGAAAAAAGCUAGGGCUGCUAUCACUAAUAUAGAACGAAACAGGAUCGAUUCAGAAAAACUUCAAGAUGCGGAGUUAGACAUCGUGGAGAAUGUCAAGGAAUCUACUCAAGAUAUACCAACUGGAGCAGAAAUGCAGCAAGUUGUCAGCAAUGAUAGGCCCACUCCCGCGGCGAAUGUUGAUGCUACUAACGUUGAGGAUAUUUAUCCACUUCAAAACAUUAUACCAGAAAAGGAGUGGUCUCUUCUUCGUGUUAAUCCUAUUUUAAAUGAAGAUGAUGAAAAGAAAAGGUUGGAGCUUUUGCCUUAUAAUAAAUCUAUUUACAUUUCAAAGAGGAUUCCUAAGCUUGUUGACAGGAAAGAUACUGAGAAAUUGAAGGUUGCUUACUACACAUCGUUACUCUUCGGUGUCUAUGAGAAUAGAAGAGUUAAGGAUAAACAAACUUUAAUGGAUAGAUUGCAAAAUAAACCUUCUGAAGUGCUUAUAGAUGGAAUCUUGGAGAGAUUUGCAGUGCAAAGAGCAACUCAAUUUGGUAAAUCGAAAGAUAGGUCGUUUGUGAUAGAUCCCCAGCAUGAGGAUAAACUUUUAUGCUAUCUCGUCGCCUUGACCUUACACAUUGAUGAUUUUGCUGUUGAAUUGCCUCCAUUGGCUCAUGAGCUAAACAUAAAACCCACAAAGCUUGUAAGUAUUUGUAAGACUUUGGGAGCAACUGUUAAGUCUGCCACUGCUGCACAAGCUGAGGCAUUCGGUAUCCCUAAGAUUACCGCAAGCACAUAUAAAGUUGCCACUUUGAAAGUGCCAUUCAAAUUACCUGAGUUGACUAGAAAAACUAGGAGAUAA